AUGGCGUUCCGCGAAGAGAAGGAUACGUUUGGACCGAUUCAGGUCCCGGCCGACAAAUACUGGGGAGCGCAGACUCAGCGAUCCCUUCAGAACUUUGAGAUUGGAGGAGAGAGGGAGAGGAUGCCAGAUCAGAUUGUGAAAGCAUUCGGAAUUCUCAAGAAAGCCUGCGCACAGGUCAAUCUCGGUUACGGCUUGGAUCCGAAGAUUGGGAAUGCGAUCAUUCAGGCCUCGCAGGAGGUCGCAGACGGGAAGCUUAUGGACCAGUUCCCUCUUGUCAUCUGGCAGACUGGUAGCGGAACUCAGUCUAACAUGAACGCCAAUGAGGUCAUUGCCAACCGUGCUGCGGAGAUUUUGGGAUCCAAGCUUGGUGACAAGGGCAUUGUUCAUCCCAAUGACCACGUGAACAUGAGCCAGUCCUCGAAUGAUACCUUCCCUACCGUGAUGCACAUCGCUGCUGUUGUGGAGGCGCACUCGAAUUUGAUUCCGCACCUUCGGUCCCUCUACGAUUCCGUUGCUGAGAAGGCCGAGGAAUUCAAGGACAUUGUCAAGAUUGGCCGUACUCACACUCAGGACGCAACGCCGCUGACCCUCGGUCAAGAAUUCAGUGGCUAUGCCACGCAGAUCAAGUAUGGCAUUCGGCGUAUCGAGGACACUCUCCCGCGCCUGUACCAGCUCGCACAAGGAGGAACGGCUGUCGGCACUGGUCUCAAUACUAAGUUGGGGUUUGACGUGAAGGUUGCCGCGGCUGUUGCUGAGGACACGAAGCUGCCAUUCGUUACUGCUGAGAACAAGUUUGAAGCGCUGGCCGCUCAUGAUGCGCUCGUGGAGGCAAGCGGGGCGCUUAACACAGUGGCCGUGUCGCUCAUGAAGAUUGCUAAUGACAUUCGCUUCCUUGGCAGUGGCCCUCGGUGUGGUCUGGGCGAGCUACUUUUGCCUGAGAAUGAACCAGGCAGCAGCAUCAUGCCUGGCAAGGUCAACCCAACACAGUGUGAGGCGCUCACAAUGGUCUGCGCUCAGGUGAUGGGUAAUCAUGUUGCUAUUUCGAUUGGAGGUUCGAAUGGCCACUUUGAGCUCAACGUCUUCAAGCCACUUAUGGCUGCAAAUCUGCUUCAGUCAAUGCGCCUCCUGGGUGAUGCUGCUCUCUCCUUCAAGAAGAACUGUGUUGUUGGCAUUGUGGCAAACAGAGCUCGUAUCUCUGACAUCAUGAAGCAGUCGCUCAUGCUUGUUACGGCACUGAACCCUCACAUUGGAUAUGACAAGGCAGCUGCUGUUGCCAAGAAGGCUCAUAAGGAAGGAACAACUCUUAAGGAAGCUGCCAUUGCAUUGGGAGUUAUUUCUUCUGAGAAGUUUGAUGAAGUGGUGGUUCCGGAGAAGAUGCUUGUUCCUGCAGCGCCGCCAGCGCCGACGGAGGAGGAGCGGCUAUGGGGUUUGGUGCGCGCCAACUCGGGGGACUUCGAGUCGUGGGUCGCGCUCAUUCAGGAAAGCGAGAAGUCGGACAAGCUCGAGAACCUGCGCGCAGUGUACGACACGUUUCUGGCGGAGUUCCCGCUGUGCUUCGGGUACUGGAAGAAGUACGCGGACCACGAGCAGCGCCACGGCAACAAGGAGCGCGUGCUGGAGGUGUUUGAGCGCGCCGUCGCCGCCGUGCCGUACAGCGUCGACAUCUGGCUGCACUACGUCAACCACCUCACCGCCACUGUUGAGGACCCCGAGGAGAUCCGCAGGCUGUUUGAGCGCGCGCUGGUGUACGUGGGGACGGACUACCUGUCGCACACGGUGUGGCAGAAGUACCUGGACUUUGAGGGGGGGCGCUCCGAGUGGAGCAAGGUCGCCGCCAUCUACACGCGCAUGCUGCAGGUGCCGCUGCAGCAGCUCGACCACUACUACCACGCUUUCCGCCACUUCGCGACGACCCACACGCUGGACGAGAUCCGCACGCCCGAGGAGUCCGCAGCAGCCGCUGCCGAAGUGGCGGCUGCGGCUGCUGCCGCCCUCAAGGUGCAGACGGCCGUCCCCGCACAGCCAGCAGGGGAGGACGGCACUGCUGCGCCAGGCGCGGAGGAGGCCAAGGAGGGAGAGGGCGAGGCUAAGGCAGAAGAAGGCGACGCUGCUGCUGCCGCUGCUGGUGCUGCUGCUGGUGCUGGUGCUGGUGGUGCUGCGGGUGCUGAUGCUGCUCCAGGAGCCGAGGCCCCCGCAGCCGAUGCUGCUGCCCCUGCCGCCGCUGCUGCCGCCCCUGCUGCUGUCCCCACGCCGGCCCCGCCGCCCGCCUCCGCGCCUGCGCCAGUCCCAGUGGCAAAGACAGAGGAGCAGCAGCUAGCAGAGUAUCUAGCCUUGAGGGACGUGAUGUAUCAGAGCAGCAAGCGGCGGGAUGGGGAGAUCCGGGAGUUUGAGGUGGUGAUCAAACGCCCCUACUUCCAUGUGAAGCCGCUUGAUGAGGCACAGCUGAACAACUGGCACCGGUACUUGGACUUCACUGAGAAGGAGGGCAACAUCGCACGGACCAUCAACAUCUACGAGCGCUGUGUGGUGCCGUGCGCCAACUACCCCGAGUACUGGGUGCGCUAUGUGGAGUGCAUGGAUGCUUAUAACGAGGAUGAGCGGGCCAAGGACGCGCUGCUCAGAGCCACUGCCGUGUUCGUCAAGCGCCGCCCGGAGAUCCACCUGUUUGCCGCCCGGUACAAGGAGCAGCAUGGGGACGUGGAGGGUGCCACGUCAGCGCUGGACACGGCUGCAUCGCUGGCAGCGGGCCUGCUGGAGCUGACGGUGCAGAAGGCCAACCUGGAGAGACGACAGGCUGGUGUAGCAGCAGGGGCAGCAGUGCUGGAGGCAGCAGUGCAGGCGGAGAAGGAGAAAGAGGGAUCCAAGAUCCUGCCCUAUCUGCACCUGCAGCACGCUCGCUACCUUCUCACUGUGGGUGGAGAGGAGGACAAGGCGCGUGAGGCAUUCAAGGCAGCGAUCGAUGCUGCACCGGACAACAAGACCAUCUGGCAGGCGGCCAUAUCCUUUGAGGCAUCUCUGCCGGGUGCAUCACCAUCGGUGCGCAUGGGGCGAGUGGAGGCUCUGGUGGCAGAUGCUCUGGGUAGAACCAAGGCGGACAGCACGCCGCUGCUCUCUGCUGCUGAUCGCGAGGACAUCUCCACCAUCGCCGUCGAGCUAGCGGAUCUCUUUGGGGACACAGCAGCAGUGAAGCAAGCAGCAGCGCGUCACCGCUCCCUCUUCCCCUUCAAACGCCCCACCGCCGCCGCCACCACCGCCGCUGCCGACUCGCGCAAGCGCACCCACCCAGACGGCGCCUCCUACCCCGACCGAGCCGGAGGGUACAAGCACCACCGCGCCUCUGCGCCUUCCUCCAACUACUAUGGCGCUGCGGGCGCUGGUGGUUACGGUGGUGCAGCGGGAGGGGGCAUGGUUACCGCCUCCGCUACCGUUACCCGAGCAGCCCUUCAGAACGCUGAGCGCGUUCUUCGCCAAUGGCAUUCCGACACGUCAUCAUACGGCGGCGGAAGCAGCGCGAGCAGUCGACCCUCCUCCCGCAGCAGCACGCGCUCCGCGUCCUCCCAGACUCCCAGUGACACGUCAGCAGCAAGCCUCCGCCUAUGGGAAGGCUCGAGCGUCCACGUGGACGCCUACCUGCAAGCCCUAGAUUCCAUCCAAUCCGUAAUCGACACGUGUGAGUCGGGCCGAUACGGCGGAAACAGCAGCGAAGCUGCCGAGAUGCUUCACCGAGCUAAGUGGUUCGCGGCCGCGGCGCGGCCGUGGUUAGAGCAGGGCUUUUGGUACGUUCUAAAACAGCAUUCUAAGCCGCUAGAACCGGAGGCCGUUUACCAAGCCGCGUCGAAGAGCCGAACGGGCGGCAGCAGCGGCGGCAGCUUCGGCAGCGGGAGGGGGUCCAAGGGAGGCUCGGACGGCGGACCGUACCUGAUGCAGCCCCAUGCUGCGGUGCAGGUUCGGGAGGUGGCUCGGCGGAUGGUGCAGGCUGGUUUGGGGCAGACGUGUCUGGAGACUUACCGCGCAGUGCGGCGGCAGGCGCUGGACCGAACUCUCGAGCAGCUGGCAGCGGGGCAGUUCCGCCCAGAGGACAUGGGGGGCGUGCGGUGGGAGGCGCUGGAAGAGCGCGUGAAGGCGUGGAUGCAGUUCGCCCGGCUGGCCGUGCGUGUGGUGCUGCUGGCUGAAAGACGGCUGUGCGAUUCCGUGUUCCAAGGGCAGGGGAACCUAGCGGAGAUGUGUUUCCACGAGGUGGCGGCAUCAGCGGUGCGAUUCAUAUUCGUCUUUGCCGAGGCCUUUGCUCUCGACAAGCGCCUGGCGGAGCGCCUCUUCUCCAUGCUGGACCUCUAUGAGAUCAUGGCCGGCCUGAGGCCUGAUUUCAAUGCGGCAUGCAAAGGUGUGCGCCUCUUCUCCAUGCUGGACCUCUAUGAGGUCAUGGCCGGCCUGAGGCCUGACUUUCAUGCAGCAUGCAAAGGUGCGCCUCUCGACAAGCGCCUGGCGGAGCGGCUCUUCUCCAUGCUGGACCUCAAUGAGAUCAUGCCGGGCCUGAGGCCUGACUUUCAUGGUGCUUGUAAAUGUGGGGUGGGAUGA